GGAAGACAGCAUUGUUCAGAUCUUCUGUAUCCUAGCGGAUUUUCUGUUUACUUGCUCUGUCAGUUACUGAGAGAGAGGCAUGUUAAAACCUCCAACAAUAAUUGUGGAUUUGUCUAUUAAUUUCUUUUCAACUCUGUAAGUUUUUGCUUUCUGUGCUUUGAAGCUCUGUUAGGUACAUGUAUAUUUAAAAUUAUGUUUUUGAUGAAUUAACUCUUUCAUCACUAUGAAAUGUCCUCUUUACUUACGGUGAUAUUUCUUAUUCUGAAGUCUACUUUGAUAUUAAUAUAACCACUAGAGCUUUCUUAAGAUUCGUGUAUCUUUUUUCCAUCCUUUAAUAAUCUUUAAUCUAUUUAUAUCAUUAUAUUUGUGGCUCAUUUAUUAUCAACAAAAUAUAUUUGGACCUUGCUUUUUAUCCAUUGUGACAAUGUGCCUUUUAAUUGGUCUGUUUAGACCAUUUACUUCCAGUAUAGUUAAUUAGAGGUAUGGUUGAAUUUAUAUCUGCUCUUUGUUCUCUAUUCUUUUUUUUUUUUUUCUUUCCUGAUUUCUUUGGGAUUGGAUAUUUUAAAUAUUAUCUCCAUUAUUAGCUUAUGAGCUAUACCUCUUGUUUCACGAAUUUUGGUAGUUGCUCUAGGGUUUGUAGUAUGCAUCUUUAGAUUUCUCAUGAUCUACCUUAAAAUAAUGUAACACCUUAACCUAAGGUCCUUACAACAAAAUGCUUGCAUUUCCUUGUAAAGUCCUUUGUGUUAUUAUUAUUAUACAUUUCAUAUCUACACUGUUAUAAACUCCACAAUACAUUGUUAAUAUUUUUGCUUUAAACAGUCAAUUUUCCUUUAAAGAUAUUUAAAAGUGACCAAGUUGUUGGCCAAUUCUUUACAUUAGCUUACUGAAGCAAGUAUGCAAAGAACUGUCUAUUACAUCAUAAUUGUGCCCUGUCCCGUUGAAUCUCAUAACAAAACCAAAAUUUUAACAUGAGAUGCUUAUUGAGGAAAAGAGCCCUGAAAAAUGGCUGAGAGUUUAAAAUUUUUUUAAGCAUUUGAAAUCCAAGGUUUGCUGGGUGUCUGUCCUUUGAUUCAACAACUACCUAUUGGAAGCCUACUCUGUGUCAGGUGUGGUGCUGGGCACUGAGGAUUCAGCAAUAGAAAAGACAAAAAUCUCUUAAUAGUGUUAUAGUAGGGAAGACAGGUGUGUAAUGUACCAUGGCAUAUAGUGAUAAGUUCUGAGGAGAAAAAGUAAAUCACAGAAAGGAGCCAGGUAGUAUCACGCAUUUGGAGAAGGUGGGUGGGGAAUUAUAAUUUUAGAUAAAGUGGCUGGGGAGGUUUCACUGAGAAGACGACAUUUGAGUAAAAAUCUGAAGGAGAUGCAAGAUGAAUAAUGUCUAGAGAUAUGCUGUACAAUAUUGAGGCUAUAGGUUACAGUGCUGUGUUGUGACCUAAAGUGAUCAUAUUAAGAAAAAAUAACAAAAAACUUUGAAAAAAAGAAAAAAAGACCUGAAAAGGUAUGAGAAGCAAGCAAAGUGGAUAUUACAUGUCCUGAGGCUCACACUGAACACUUUAAUACAGUAUAACCAUAGUGUUAAUAAAACUUAACUAUAAUUAAAAAAUAAUAAGAUGGUGUUAAUAAAACUUAAUUACUGAAGGUACACAAUUAUCUUUAAUUUAAAAAAGUAGAUUGAAUCCCCAAGGUGGCAUUUUGUGUUUUCAGUGUCUAGGCUGUAGAAAAUGGAAGAGAUAUUCAGAGCAACUUCAGACAAAGACUGUUCUUUCAAAAAUGCUAAUUAUGGAGGUAUUAAGACUUCAUACCACAAUGAAGCUUUAUGAAAGUAAUGAUUCUGAUUGUACUCAUAGCUUCCUGGAACUCAGAAAAGCCUAAGAAAACAUUAGGUCUGUGGCAGAGUACUUGGCUUACCUGCUUUCCAACAACUGUUUGUGACUUGCCAGUUGCCUUUGUAGCUUCUUUGAACGUAAAAAAUAAAACGUUCUGAAAUGCAAAUGCUUUUAUUAUUCAAAAGAAAUGGCAUACUCCAAGAACUGUCUUGUGGUAACUGAUUUGCAAAGUCUGAGUUUAGUGAAACAGCUCUUAAGAACUAUUCUGGCCUCUCAGAAGUAGAUGAGAAAGGCUACUGGCUGGGCGCCAAAAUAGGAACAUGAUAAUGAACUAAUCCUUAUAGUAUGUAAUAGCAAUUUAUUGGCCAAGGUUUAGAUUCCAUGUCAUAGAAAUAAGUAAACAUUUUAACAUACCCACAUAAUAUAUCAAAGUACUGCACAAGUAGUAUACACAUCUUUUGCUCCUUUAAUCACCAUCUACCUUAUUAUACAGAGCCUUCUAGAACCUGAAAAGGGUACUCUGUUAACCAAGGAGGUCAAAGACCUGUACACUGAAAACUGUAAGACAUUGAAGAAGAAACAAAUAAAUGGAAAGAUAUUUCAUGCUCAUGGAUUGAAAGAAUUAAUAUUGUUAAAAGGUUCAUACCACCCAAAGCACUCUACAGAUUCAAUGCGUUUGGAAUUCACUGUGUUCAAUUACAUUGGAAUUCAAUGCAAUUCCAAUGGCAUUUUUCACAGAAAUAGAACAAACAGUUGUGAAAUUUGUAUGGAAUCACAAAAGACCCAAAAUAGCCAAGGCAAUCUUGAGAAAGAAUAAAGCUGCAGGCAUUGUACUUCCUGAUUUCAAAUUAUAUUACAAAGCUAUAGUAAUUAAAAAAGCAUAAUGACAUUGGCAUAAAAACAGAUACACAGAUCAAUGGAAUGGAAUAUGGGCUCCGAAAUAAACUGACACAUAUAUUCAAUUAAUUUACAAUGAAGGAGCCAAGAAUAUACAAUGGGGAAGGGACGGUCUCUUUAAUAAAUGGUGUUGGGAGAACUGGACAGCCACAUGCAAAAUAAUGAAACUGGACCACUUUCUUAGGUGUACACGAAAACUAACUCAAAAUGAGAUUAAAGACUUGAACCUAAGAACUGAAACCAUAAAACUCCUAGAAGAAAACAUAGAUGUAUUUGAUUUUCAUCAAGCAGCUGAUGGUAUCCAGGAACAACAGAGACAAGAACAAGCAGGAAAAAAGUUCAAAUUUCUGGCUAACCAGUACAAAUCUAUAUACCCCACUUUGGAAAUAGACAUUGAAGGUGAAUUACAGAAACUCAAGGGUUAUAUGGAAAGGAUUAAACCAAUGGUGAAAGAUGGAGUUUAUUUCCUAUAUGAGGCUCUACAUGGACCACCAAAGAAAAUCUUGGUAGAAGGUGCAAAUGCAGCUCUACUAGAUAUUGAUUUUGGAACUUACCCAUUUGUAACCUCUUCGAACUGUACAGUUGGAGGUGUUUGUACUGGCUUGGGUAUGCCCCCUCAAAAUGUUGGAGAAGUUUAUGGAGUUGUGAAAGCUUAUACGACUAGAGUUGGUAUUGGUGCCUUUCCUACAGAGCAAGACAAUGAAACUGGAGAAUUAUUACAAACAAGGGGUAGAGAGUUUGGUGUAACUACUGGAAGGAAAAGAAGGUGUGGCUGGUUGGACCUUGUUUUGCUCAAAUAUGCUCAUAUGAUUAAUGGAUUUACUGCGUUGGCACUUACCAAAUUGGAUAUUUUGGACAUGUUUAAGGAAAUCAAAGUUGGAGUUGCAUACAAGUUAGAUGGUGAAAUUAUACCUCAUUUCCCAGCAAACCAAGAAAUCUUAAAUAAAGUUGAAGUUCAAUAUAAGACUCUCCCAGGAUGGAACACAGACAUAUCAAACGCAAGGACUUUUAAAGAACUACCUAUUAAUGCACAAAAUUAUGUUCGAUUUAUUGAAGAUGAGCUUCAAAUUCCAGUUAAAUGGAUUGGUGUAGGUAAAUCCAGAGAGUCUAUGAUUCAACUCUUUUAAGGACUUCCAGUGAUGCAAGAAACACUCCUUGAGAGGGGGGGAAAGGACUUUCUUAGAUAUUUCAUUUAUGAUCUGCAAAUUUCAAGAGUAAAGACAUUGAAGUGAGUUUUAAGCCCUACACUUGUUUCCAGUCUUUUAAGAUGGAUGGCUCAUGUGGAGAUACACUGGCAUUUUCCAGUGUCAGCUUCCUUAGCUGGCAUAGUUGCCGAAUCAUUUGUUGCUCCUGCUGCUCAUGGUGCCACAUUUUCUUUUAAUGUUUAGUAAUAAUGUAGUCAAUGUUGUUUGAAAUCUAAAGUAGAAUUAUUUUCAAUGUAGUUUUUCAUCAUUGUUAUUGUGUGUUCAUAGGUUUUACCUCUAUUGAAUGGUAAGAACAAUUAAUGCAAUUUUGCACAAAUAUUUUUACAUUCUGAUCAUUCAGUUCUGUCAUUGUAAUCUUUGUUGUUCAAAAAAAAUGAUAAGAGAGGAGUCCUGUAAACUUUUGUAAUGCUAUAAAUUCUGUUUAAAUUGUGAACUGUUUAUUUUCUGCUGAGACCAUUGCAAAUUUGAGCUUUGGUGGUGGGAGGGGGUUAUAUUCGUGGGUCCUUUUAUUUGUACAGAACACAAAACUUAUUUCUCUCUGUAAAUUAUUUAACACAUUGAACAUUUAAAUGUUCAAAGAGAAAAAGUGUUCCCUAAAACAACAAUUGUAAUGUUAAAAAAAUUAGCCAUUAAAAGAUCUGUUGUGAUAUUUGUUGGAUAUUUUUCUUUAGUUUGACAUUAAUUCUGAGAUGUACAGCUUUCUUUUUUUAUCUUACCAUUAUUUCUAAGUCAAGUGGAUUGAUAUUUCAACCGUGCCUGCCAAUAUGCCUACAAAGUCAUCUAUAAGUGUCCAAAUGAACCCAAAUUGUUGGUCAUAAUUUUGAUCAUGCCUUUAUUUCUUCUUUCUUAGGAAAAAAAAAAAAAGGUGUUAUUUUGACUAUUUGGCUUAACAUAUUGUGUUGUAGAUUAUCCUUCAAUGAACUAUUUUAAAUGUUUAAAUCAGGUGCCACUUAAAUUUAUUUUAUUAUAGCAUCAAUAGCUGAUUAAAAAGAACCAACUAUUUCUAGUA